CUGGUGGCCCUCAUCGGAUUUGUGAUGCUUUGUAUUUCUUACCAGCCGGAUGAGAAAACUUGCAUUCAGUUCUUCAUCAAGGUUGCCUAUUUCCUCCUGAGUGCGCUGAGUCUGAACGUCUGCAUCUUGGCCAUGGCUUUCGCUGCCUACUGCUACUCCCAGAUCAUCCGCUUUACCUGCGAACCCAUUUCUGAUGCGGUCUGCCACUGCAAACUGGACGCGGCAGACCCCCUCAGCCGCACCGUCACCUACCAGAGCGACUGCGGCUUCCUCACGAAUACCUUCUACCUCUUCUUGCUGAUCCAGUUCCUCCUGAACUUCCUGGCAGCCGUCGUGGGAUUCGCGGCCUGUUUUGUGAUGUGGAAGGAUCGGUAUCAAGUCUUUUACGUCGGAACCCGGAGGCAGUCCCAAGCUGCCGCGGGAGGCCAACCGCCCAAAGUAUAG